CUGAUUUAUACUAGCUCAUCACUAAGAUAUUAGUGCUAUUGAAACAUUCUGCCUCAAUUUAUAGCGCUGAGUUAGGUUCUCCUUUUGUAGGUCAUGGUCAACUGAAGGGCUAGUACCAGAUUUCAGGAGAUCGUACUACUCAAACGACUACACAUUCAGAAUAAACCUACCUUAUAAUGACCCGACUUUGGGCUUAUAAUUUGGUGACUAGUUGUCGAUCAUUUCAUGUUUCUUUACCUCACAACGCCAUGUCAUAUACGAAGGAACCAAAACCACUUCCUUGGAGUAACGAUAAAAAAAAUCCGCUGGGAUGGGCUAAACGUCUAUUCCGACUGCAAGAAUCCCAAUCAUUGCCCAACCAAUCAAAGGAACCUCCUUUACUGCAUAUGAUCUGUCGACUAAAGCCUGUGAAGGGAGUCAUUCACUACCAGAGAGCCAUCCUUGAGAAAUAUGGUCUUGGGAAGGACACAAAAAAUCACAAUUGGGUAGUCGUUAAAAAUACUCCAUCAGUCAACCGAGAUUUAUACGAGAUAAAACAUCUUAUUCGGAUACAGCCUGUUAUUUUCGAGAACGGGUUGCCGACUGAAUCUGAUUUACUUGCCUGUAGACUGCUUCCGGAUGGCAGAUUUUUCAGACAUAGGGGUCUUUCUGUUGAUUCUCAGUUAUUGGAUUCUUCAGAACCGAACCAAACAAAUCUAUCGGUAUACAAUCCAAAUCUACCUAAUGAUUCUAAGUGGCACAGUAAGUGUUUAUCACUUAACCCUACAUCUUCGAAAUGCAAAGCUGUUCGAAGAAUGAUCUAGUUACGCUAAUGACGUAUAACGAAGUUUAUGUUUUACACUUAAAAAAUUAACACAUACUUUCAGUUUUUAAAAUAUAACUCGUUUACCUAUUACGGGUUUGUGUACUCAGUCUUGACCCACAUUUAUAUUAUGUGAACUAAUAAUAAUACACAGCAGUUCAAAAUGCUGUGGGGCGUGUUCGAAUCUUCAUUUCAGAAGUGGGAAACAAAUUCUUUAACUACUAAACCUAUAUCAGGAGACAAGAAUCAUAGUUACUUUGACAGAUAGUAGUUUGAAAUUACAUUUUCCAGUAAAUCAAGCAAUUGAAGGAUUAUACUGAGAGCUAUGUAGUCCCUGUUUGAAAAGAAGUUCAUGAAGUAAGGUUAACUCUUAACGUUUAUUCGAAAUUUUCAGGUUGGUAUAUGUAGAUGUUUUUAAAAAUGGUUGAGUUUUAUGUUAGACGUGAAAGCUUGCCUGGGUUUUCAUACAUACUCGAAUAGAUUUCCUGGUUAUCAAACACCGGAGAUAUCUUUCCCAGUAUACCUUGACCCAUUAGUGAUUUUUGCAUCAGUUUGAUUUGAUAUACCUCAUCAUCAUACUUAUACAUGAAAAAUGUCGGCUCUAACUUCUAAGCCCCAGCAACAUGUCACUUUUAAUGGAUGUGCUAUUUUAAGUCCAUAAUUCAUCAUACGGUGUGUAGGCCUCAUAAACAGUGGAUUUUUUUUUACCAACGUAGGUUGUCUAUAAAAGACAAAUUCGUUAAAAUUGCACUUAAUGAGAUUUAUCUCACUUGAGAAAAGCCUGUAGAAAUUGUUACUAAACAACAAUAAGAACGUUAGUUAUAUAAUCAAACUUAGUUGAAAGGUUGGCAUAAUCUCCGUUUGAUUCAAAGUUGCUUAGGAAAAUGUCAAAAAGUUUAAACUGUAACCCGCAUUUCAUAGAUUUAUUGAUUUGUUUCGCUACACUUUUUCCCUCUAUAGGCUUUAUUUCAUUCUAAUGAAGAAAAAUUCAGAUAUCUAAGCCGUACAUACCUAAGAAAGUGGCACAACAAAAGAUGGGCCAAUCAUGACUUCUUCAAGGAGUUUUUCACUUCACACUACAAAUAUAAACUGAAUCAAGAUGGAAAUGAAUAUCGUUAUAGUGGUCUUUCGCGACUAGACAAAGCAAUGACUCAUUCACUUGAGUCUAGAAGAAAUCCCGAUGGAACUCUUAAGCAGCCAAACUGCAAUCGUUUUGAUGCUGAUUGGAAUACUUAUCCUUGGUCAAGAUAUUGAAAUUUAAACCUGUUGGUUUAGGAUUCUCUUGCCAUGAUCGUUUCGAGCUGUGUACAAAUACUUGAUAUAUUUAAGAAUAAAACCCAGUCAACUAUCACUUUUGACUUCGAUAAUGUUAUUCCAUAAUUAUUUUGGAAACUUAUAUUUUAUAUUAUUAUAGUAUCUCAAUGGCUCAA